AUGGAUCCACGCAUGUUACUCGAAAUGUAUAUGUCUAUGGCCGGCGGCCGCAACACUGCGCAAGCUGCUCCAUCGGAAGGGAACCAAUCUCGGCGUCGGGGCCGGCGCUCAUCCAAUUCUCGACGCCGCCAACCAGCACCAGCCCAGCCAGCCCAACCAGUAGUCCCCAACCCCCUGCUCGGAGACGGUAGGCCAAAAGGAAUCAAGCUCCCUUUUGUGGACAGCGAGGCGAAGGCCAAGGCUCACCAAGACUUGCGAUCCAAAGCUCUUUGCUUGCCGACUGCUCACCCCGCCGGCGCCCGCCACCCACGCGUCUACACCCUCAUCGGCCGAGGCAACUUGGGUGGCUCGCCCCAACGAGGCACCCCUUCCCGACCGGCUGAAUCUUCCCCAGAAGUGGACCCCCAGACCGAUGGGCUUCCUCCCCAGCUCACCCCAGCCCCUGCUCCAGUCAGCCAAGCUGGCCCCUCUCGGCGCGAGAGGACCCAGGGCCGCACUAACCCCUACGCCGGAAGCCGGGCAAAUCGUGCCCCACGACCGGCAGCACGCCACAACUGAAUGAUGGUAA